AUGCAUAAAAUGCCAUUAAAGCUUCCUGCAACAACGUGGAAGCGUAAUUUACCUGAAGAAGAAAUAUUUAAUUCGACACUAAAUACAUCCAACGUGAAAGAAACCGACAAGUUCAUCACUUUAUUGGAUGAAGCAGCUGUUUCUUAUCGCAAUGAUUGUCUUGAGUUAGCUGAUGUUAUGUACAAGGAAGCUAAAAAAUGUUUGACGGCUCGAGUAGAUUCAAGUACUCAUACUAAGGGUAUGCAUUUAGUGGAUUCUAUAAUAUUGAAAAUACCUAGAGACUCAUCUAGACUAGUAUGGGCGCUUAAGACCCGAGGUGAUUUCAAUUAUCAAAGUGGUUCUUUUGAGUUUGCUUCGAGGGACUAUGAAAUAUUUUUAGAAGCCUGUGCAAAAGGCAACUCGGAAGUCGGGGUAUGUUGCCAGGUGUAUGGACGUUUAACGAUAUGCAUGUAUAUGACGAAGCAACAAAUAAAAAGCAGAAAAUAUUUAAUUGAAUAUCAAAAAUGCAGAUCUAAACUUUCAUUCGAAAUCUUACAAGGCCAAGUAUUUGCUGAACUAGAUGAACAUAUUAAAACUUUUGAACCUCUAGUGAAUAAUAUGGAAUGUAUUGUUGCGCCCGCUAUAUCUGAAUCGUUAUACUUUCUCACACCUUAUAAUGGAUUCAAUGGAAGUUCAGAGAUACCGUUAACUUCAGCAGCAUGUGGCUAUCGCAAUGACAGUGUUUACGCGAAAUCAACUAUUCCGCAAGGGGCUGUUCUGUUUGUCGAAGAACACUUUUAUCAGCCAGUGAAAUUUCCUUUUUUACGUUGCGAGAACUGUCGGCAUUAUACGACGCUGUUUUACACUUGCUUAGAGUGCCGUUACAAAUGUUACUGCUCUCUGCUUUGCAUGGAAAUUGAUAAACCUUUUCACCAAUAUGAAUGCGAGGGUUAUAUGCAACUUUCGCUGAUUUUCCUAGACGCGGCCAACAUAUUUCGCCUAUUCUUACGAAUUUUGUUUUUGUUAAACGAUCAUGUUUUCCAUAGAAAAAUAUUCCAUAAGCUAAAAACAGGUGGCCAAGUUUUGAAUGCCAUCUAUCACAUGCUAGGCAGCACAAUGCUCUUUGGAACUCGUUAUUUGGGGCUUAUAAGAAACAAACCAUCGUAUGGAAGUCUAUCUAGUAUACAGUAUUCGACUGUAAUUACCACCGCUUUUCGAUUAACUAUUUUCAUUGAGAAAAAAACCAAUAUAAUGGAAACAUUCCUAAAUAAACUUUCAAUAUCGAACAAGCAGAAAAUGAUCGUCGUAGGCGCGCUACUUAUGCGUUUACACUCUAACAUUUUGCUUAACUCAUUUGAUAUUGAAUACGUUGGAUAUUUGACGAAUUUUUCUCUUCUUAACGGUCCCCAGCCGGACGUGCCGAAGUAUAUUAAUCCAAUACGUGGCAUCGUCGAAGAUAUAUACGAGUUUUAUAAUAUUGAUGUUGAAAAAGAUAUAAAUGAACGAAACGAUGACAUUAUAAAAUGUGAAACACCAGUUUGCCGAGCUGCAUCCGCCAUAUUAAAUUGGAAUCAUAUAAAAAAUUGUACUCCGAUAGAUGACAUUCUCUCGAUAUUCAAGGAUAAUAUAAUCAUGAUGUAUUUUAACCCUGAAUUGAGCUCUAAGCAAUUAGAGGAGAAGCGUGCCCAAGACCCCGAAAUAAUAAAUGGUCAUCUCGCCCAAUUGGGCAGUGAUAAGUCACGCUUUGAAUUUGUGAAAGGAUGCGCUGAUCUUUUUCAUAAGCAUUUCACCGAUUAUUUUCUUCCAAUGUUUGAAUUUCAUCCGCAUCUUUCGGAAGUGAUUACUUUAUAUUGCCCUACUCUGAGAAGGUUCAAACAUUCUUGUGUGCCAAAUGUCCAAGUGAUGGUUCUAAAUAACGGAGUAGUUAUAGGGAAAUCGUUACGCGAGAUAAAUGAGAAUGAAGAACUUAAUAUAGCUUUCAAGGCCCAUUACUUAAUGCAUACACGUCCAGAGAGGAAAAACUUUUUGAAAAUAUUUAACACAAAGUGUAACUGCAAAUCCUGUCAAUUAGUUGAAAUUGGAGAAUCGACGAACAUACGACUUGCAAUUAAGUGUGAUAAGUGCAAAGACUUGGUAAUAACUCCGGCCCACAAAAGUUGUUCCGAAUGCCAAACUUUAUAUGCGGAUUUGUUAGCUAAAUAUUGCUCAACUAUACGUCUUCUAGAGAAGCAACUAGAAGCGGCUACGGAAUCUAACGGUGGAGAGAAUAAAGAACGUGAAGUUUACGUUCUACAAACGAUUCUACUUCGCCAGGCCAAACGAUGUUUUACCCAGCAAAACGAAAUUUCUGUAAAUAUUGAACUACAAUAUGCGCAUUUCUUGGCUUUAAAAAAUUUUGCCCAACAAUCCUAUGAUUUAUUAAUGGAAGUCAAGGAAAAGAUAUUAAAGUACUACCCAGAGCGCAUAAUAUGGUUCACAUUUUAUGCCUUUAUCCUGGAAACUAUUAAAGUUUUAUUACAUUACAAUUUAGAAAAGCUCAAUUAUUGUACGUUAUCGAAAGAUGCUCUUUUGAAUCUUUGUCGUCUUGGCAUUUACAUAAUCAAGGGACAAAAAGAAACUUUUGAAUUUUAUGAAAAGUUUGACACUCACGGUAUAAUAUUAUUGGAGGACUUAAAAAGGUUCUUUAUUUGGAAGAAACGCAUUAUUUGUGAAGGUACUUUUUUUGAAUUUUGAUGUCUUAGCCGCGUUCUAUUAAUGUUUCCGUAAAGCUUAAGAGCUAAAGUUUGUAAACAAUAUAGAUUAUCUUCUAUUUAUGUAAGUUUAGACUUGGGAUUCCUGUGUGUCCUGUUGAUAUGUUAUGCUUUCCCUAAGAAUGUAAAUAGCGUAAUUAAUUUUUUUUUUCUCGAUAAUUACUUUCCUCAUAAAUAUUCAUACAUUAAUGUGAAAUUAUAAAAAUCAAAAAAGAAAAAGUAGAGUUUGACGAUUUUUUAUAAGCGCUUUCUAUUUUAU